AGUUUCGUGGGUGUUAUUCUGCAAAAAAAAUAGAGGUUCGCCGCUCUUUACACCUUUAUACUGUGUAAACAAUAUACAGACAUCGCAAGUAAACAUGUACUUCAUGAUAGAGGUGUGCGUGUUAAAACGAGGUCGAUGAAAGCGCCUGGUGCCUAUAUUAAAUCUUGUAAACAUGUUUAAAAAAAAAAUUGAAACAUGGAGAAACUUCAUGCCCGCGUAAGUAAUUAGCAUUCUGCUGAUAUUUCGCCAUAUCUAAAGCGUAAAGCAAUUAGUUGCCAUAAAUUAGUAACAAAAUAACUCGAACAAUAAGGCUCAUAUUAAUGACGGUGUACAAAUUCAUGACGUUGCGUGGGAGGGCCUAUAAAAUAUAGUCAUCUGCCAGAGGGUACUAUAAGAAAAGCUUCGGCUAGUGCUCGAUCGUUAGCUCGGGGCUAGAAUUGAAAACAUGAAAAUUUCUCAUUACCCCCGGAAGAACUUCCACCUUUUUUUGGUGAAAUACCUUUUGCUGAGUUCUUUGUCUCUUCUUAUGACACAAGGUUCCCUGGAAAUAAAAUGGGGCACGAGUUCACCGAAUAAAAUAUUUGAAGGCAAACUAAUGAACCUGGGAUGCCAUUUCUCGGGAUGGCCUCUCCCUCACGAGGUCCAUUGGUACAAGGAUGGAGAACUAAUCACAAACGGAACAGAAGGUAUUUAUCACUCAGAGGACGAGAAAGAGCAGAAUGGAGAGACAACUCUCCGGAGCACACUUCAUCUUCCGUCGGGACAUGAGGAGCAGGAAGGAUUCUACAAUUGCAGUGCAAGCAACAGUAUUCGAAGCACCUCUUAUGAGAUACAGAUGAUAUAUCAAUGUAACUAAAACUAUUUAUUUCUUGCAAAGUUAACAAUGUUUCUCGUCAAUAACAAUCUCGCUAUUAUCUCCUGACUGGGUCUCUGAAGGAGCAGCAUAAAUUUUCAAAUUUUGUAAUUCAAGUACGCCGAUAGCCUCGAAGCCUGAACUUCCAACUAAAGGUGACCAAAUGAUAGGAAGGGACAAUGAAAUAGUGUUUAAUAAAGAUUUAUUUUCAUUCAAGAUAAAGCA